AUGGAGUCCCUCAAGGCUGUUUUCUUCGGCCCGGAUCCCCAGACACAGAUGCGAAAGUGUAACCAGCUCAUCCGCCAAAAUACCCGUCAACUAGACCGCGACAUCGCUCAGCUCAAGUCACUCGACAGCAGAACGCGGCAGACCAUCGUAACGGCGUCGAAGCGCGCUCAGCGCAACCCAGCCCGCGCAAAGCAGGCCAACCUCGAAGCGAAGACGCUCGCACGGGAACUGGUCCGGGUCCGAAGACAGUCAACUCGUCUAGCAACCAGCCGGGCACAGCUACAGAGCGUUCAGAUGCAGGUCAAUGAAGCGUUCGCGGUGCGGAAGAUCCAGGGCAGCCUGCAAAAAUCGACAGGGAUAAUGAAGGACGUGAACACAUUGAUUCGUCUCCCGCAGCUGUCCGCGACGAUGCAUCAGCUUGCCACCGAGUUGGUCCGCGCCGGCAUCAUUGAAGAAAUGGUGGACGACGCUAUUCCAAAUAACGAGCUUCUCGAGGACGAAGAAGCAGAGGCCGACGAGGAGGUCGACAAGAUUCUACAAGAGAUCCUGCAGGGCAAGCUGUCCCAGGUGGAGGAUGUCAAGCCGGAAAGACCUUUGGAGGAGCCUCAGGAGGCCGAAGAAGAGUUCGAAGACCAGGAAGCCGCCCUUGCGCAGAUGAGGGGACGUCUAGAAGCUUUGAAGAGCUAG